UUUGAAAAGACACUUGGUCUUUCUGUCCCUCUCUUCCUACUGGUUAGUCUCGCCCCUGGUCCGGUUAAGGUCCAACGGAGCUACCACGCUAUCGAAAUCCGCUUCCUCGGCCGUACAGACGUCUCGAGCGUCGCGACGUCUAACGUGAACAUUACUCGACCCUCGUGGUCACGCGUGUAUCCCUUUGACGUUCGGUUUGUCAUAUGGAUUUUGCAAAAGGAUUCAUCGUCAGGGACUAUCGGUGCAAGGUGACGGUUAUUCUCGCGAUGACGUCCACUUCCUGUCUCUUCAUUAGCUUUAGCAGAUGUAAUAUGCAAUGAUUCUUAUCAUUUAAUCGGUAUACUAUACCGUGCUUAUCAGUGCAAUCUCUUUUAUGAGCUAAAACAAUAUUGCUGUGAAAAAGAAAGACACUUUGUGAAAGAAUAAUUGUGUUAAGAAAGUCGAAGGCGAUGUAAACAAGAUUUGGCAUUGGCCAUGUAAAAGACUCAUCGGACGAGAAGGAGGGGAUAAGGUCGUUAAAGAGACGUAGUAGAUAUACAGCUUCUUCGAACGAGGUAAGCCUCAGGGUGUACUCGAAGUGUAGAAGACUGGGAAGAAAAAAUGCGUUAUCACUGCGAGGAAACAAACUAUUGGCGUAAGAGGACGAUAGUGCAGAGAUAACGACUCGGAUGACAGUCUGCUCUCUGAGUUUGCCGCAGCAGGAAAACGAAAUGCAUCGAGACUUUAUCGUUGACUUGCCAAUCGUAUUCUUCAGGAAGUACGACCUUGCGGCUACUCAAGGGACCUCCAGCUAAAGCGACUUGGGAAGGACUCAAGAUCCGUUUGAGACUUGACAUCUGAUUGAACGCGCGCUGCAACUCAAAUUCAUUACGACGUAAGAGUCUUCGAGAUGAGAUCAGAUAUUCAUGGAAAAAUGAAAUCGAGCGUGAUUGUGAGGAUGGCGUAAUUGGUUCGUGAAAACAAAGAAAAAGGAAGCGUAACCAAUGAUGGACAUGGACUCGAUGAUGAUGGCGAACGUUUCGUGUGACGGUUGCAUUGACAGCGACCGAGAUUCCGACAGCAACAGUACUAUAGUGGACCCGGUGAGUCUAGACAAAAAUGAAUUGUCGCCACAAUCCUCCUCGAGUCCUCUAACGCCGAUUUCGCCGGUACCAGCCAGGAAUCGCAACAGAGCCUUCAAGAAGAGUUACUCGAUGAUGUCUUCGGGACAGAAAUCAGGGCAAUCCUCGUCUACGUAUUCCACGGAGAAGAUGUCUUCGUCCUUGAUAAAGCCCCCGUACUCCUACAUAGCCCUGAUCACCAUGGCUAUUCUUCAGUCGCCUCAGAAGAAGCUCACCCUCAGCGGCAUCUGCGAGUUCAUCAUGUCCAGGUUUCCGUAUUAUCACGACAAGUUUCCUGCCUGGCAGAAUUCCAUCAGACACAAUCUCUCGCUGAACGACUGUUUCAUCAAGAUCCCACGGGAGCCAGGUAAUCCUGGCAAAGGCAACUACUGGACUCUGGAUCCUCUCGCAGAGGAUAUGUUCGACAAUGGUAGUUUCCUGCGACGAAGGAAGCGCUACAAGAGGCCCCCGCCGCACUACGUCCUUCGUGAUCGUGCAAUAAUGGCGACUUUCGCGAUAUGUGGCGAAAGAGGACCUUGUCCCGGUGGAGGGCCUCCAAGUGCUAUGCCGUACCCCGGUGCGUAUCUGUCGCCACCGCCUGGCCUACCACUUUUGGACUUUCCUCCCGGUGCUUUGGAGGCCUUGAAACUCGGCGGAUUCCUAGAGCCACCUCCGCCUCUGUACAAACCCGUGCCGAUUUCGGCGCCACCGAUCAGACAGUUGAAUCCUCCUCCAAGGAGCAGCGUGAGCACGAUGAGUCCGACGUCAUCUUCGGAGAAGAAGAGGAGCUUCAGCAUCGACGCCCUCAUCGGGAAACAGCAGCACGUCAGUACGGAGCAGAGUAUCGGUAUCGGUGGAGGUGUCAUAGCUAACGGUGGCGGAAGUGCUGGUGCCGGAAGUGGCCUGACUGUCGGAGUAGGUGGUCUUUUGGAUUUAAGACGACCGUCGGAACAUCGUGAAAUCCGAAGUCAGGCAUCGGCGUUCUCACCACUUGUUUAAUAACCUGCGAUCAGUGUCAGUGUCAGUUGAUACUCCAGACUCUCCUCGGACCUUCAAGUGAGUUCCUCGUUGCUCCUCAGGAAUCCUUAUCCGCGUCAUCAUCAUUCUUCUUCUUUUUCCCUCCCAGUAACUCAGCUAGCGCGUAUACAUAGCUUAGGACAAUACGCAGGGAUAGUGAGAACAGGAAAACAUUGCGCCCCGAGUCGUUUCAAGAACCAAAGACAAUAAAAGAUAUUAAAGGUGUCAUAGUAUCGUAAUACGUCAUCCUUGGAUGUUUAUGAGGCUAAUAUUGUCGAGAAAAUAAUUUGGCUAAAUUACUUGAGAAUGAUCUUAUGAUAUUUUGUGAUAUCAGAGCCCUCAGAGAAAUCUUACGUAAGUACUAUGGAGAUGCAAUACACUCGAGGAGACGUUAACGAGUAACUAGAGAGUCAAGAGGAAUUUGAUGAAGUUUUCAACAUCUACUAUGACAGAUGGGACUCUUUAUUUGCCACGAGAUUAACCGGUCGCAAUUUGCGGAUCGAAAUCGUGUUAGGCGCCUUUCCGGGGAACAGUCGUAAUCGUUCCCAAUCCGCCGCGCGGAAACUAUUGCUUACGACAUUGAAACUGUAACUAUAAAGGCACUGCGCAUUUUAAUGUCGGUAAUAAUACUGUAUUCGUUCGAUGAUGUUCAGUUUACGUUUCUUUUGACUGAUGAUUAUAUCAUACGAUGCAUAAGAAUUCUUUGUGAAUUGUGUAAAGUCCUAUAGUAAAUUGGCAGAUUCAUCCAGUGUAAAAAAAUAUACCUCGAUCCUCAUGCAUAGAUAUCAUGUAUGGCUAUAAUUGGCGCAGAUUCGACUGAAUCUCUGAAUAAUGAAUUUUCUUUAUCGUCGUUUCACCGAUGAGUUUUCUUUCGUGUCUCAAAGUUUGCCUUAACUUUUUAUUAAUAGAGAAAAUAAAAUUAAGAUAUCGAAGUUUUAUUUAGUCUUCAACUUCAUUCUUUUCCUAACAUACAAGGUGGGCCAAUGGCCUUGGAUCACUUUAAAUAGCUGCAAAGUUAGUGGCGCUAGGGAGAAUGUUUUUUUUCUUUCUAAUAAAUCUUACGUAAUGUAAAGAGAGGCCGUCGUAGGAUGAUAACGAUCUUAUCUUCGUCACAGGUGCUCACGAGAUAUCAAAGUCAUGUUCAUUUUGUUAGAUGGAUUUUUUAAAUUCGUUUUCGUAGAUUCAUUGAUCCCGAGAAGUGAAUUGGAGCAUUUUUUUUAAAUGCAAAGUUUUCAAAUUAUUAAAUGAGACGGGAAGGACCCAUCUGGGGCCAGCUGAUACAAAAGAUCUAAUUUUUUUGGAAUAGCGUGUACUUCACUAAAUUUUGAAACUAUUUAAAAAUCGAGCAAAUCAGCGAUCAAUGUUUCCCUAUUGCAUUAGUAGUAAUGAUUAUUAUUGCGAAAAUCUUUCGUAAAAUUAAGUCUCAUCCAUUACUAAAAUUUCUAAUCGAAUCAAAUUCAAAGAGUACCUUGCAUCCGGAUCAAUGCAUUCGUCUUAGAAAACGUCAUACAACGAUAAAUGAAAACAUCGAUCCAUUUAAAAAGCUAAGGACAGCUUUGAUUACUCGUAAGCACUUCAACCUAUGCAAAAUGAGCUGUCAUCGCAAGACAGCCCAGUUUACACGAUGUCAAUUUUAUUAGAGAAAAUUUUAUGCUAGAUCCAAUAACUUCAAAAGGAUUUUACGUGAUCAAUGUUAUUUUUCCACCUUGUUUUAGGCACAUUUGUAAGAAUUAGUAAAAAUUAAUAGAUUUCUACAGUUGACAGAUUGUUUCCUAUAUAUAUAUAUUUUUUCUUUUUCUCAGACAGAGGUCCUUCUCAAGGUCCGAAAAUUCUCAUAUUUUCUCGGCGGAUUAUUUUAUUUAUACGCGGUAGAUUAAUAAUAGCUCUGUAAAUACAGCUUUUAUGCCAAUAUUUGCGUAGCACUUGAUUUUUCCUGCGCAUUUUUUCAUCGGACCACCAAUGGCUCCCGUUCAAUUGGCCAUGAUGGGCCAAGUGGACGCUCAGUGUACAUACGAUAUGGUAAUACUAGGUUUAGCAAAUAUUCAGAAAGAUAUUUGCUUAUCUACCCGUGCCAACAUAGAUUACGAAAGCACGCCCAAAAAAAUUGUAACGAGAAAGUUUUAAUAUCAUAUUUUGCCGAAAAGGCAAUUAUUUUUAUUUAGAAUAGUUUUUAAAAAUGUACGUAAGAGCUCUUGCAAAUUGUCGAUUACUCGAUUCAAUAAUAUUUUAUUCGAUUUUUAUUGAAAACUGGGUAGAAAACGUUUUAAUUGAAUUAUAAAUGAUAUCAGGAAAUUCCUUUAAAUAUAAUUUAGGCUGUUCCAGAAAGUAAUAUUUUCUUUAUAGAAAAAAUACCUCGUAAUCUCACGGAGUGACGAAAAGUAUCUCAUUGUAUUAUAGAAAUUUGAAGUUCACAAUAUUAAUUCCAAAAAGGUUAAUUUUGUUUUGGCACAAAUAUACCGGGUGUCAUUAUUUAUCUCGUGCCGGAUUAAAUAAUGCAUGUAACAUAAUGUAUAAUAAUUUAAUACUUGUUUUUGUUGCGUAUUAGAAGAAGACUUUUAGUUCAAAUACAAAUGUUUUUUUUUUUUUUUUGAUAUAUUCGUGGAAUCUCGAAUUAAUAGAAUUUUCAAGGUUUUCAAAUUUCAUGGCCACACCAAUCGUGCAAUCUUAAUUUUAAUUUUACUAACUUUUAUAGAUCGUCAUUUGAUUUUUUAAUGAACAGUGAGUCUCCUAUAGCUAUUGUUACGCGUAGUGGCUUGGAAAUAUUGUAAUGUGUAAUAUAAAAAAAAAUAUCAUAUUUGAUAUAAUCGAUAAACACACGACCUAAGAUUAAUGCGUGCAUCGAUGCCAAUGUAUAUUUAAAGAUAUAUAAAUAAAUACAUGUAUACAUAUAUAAAUAAAAUAUAUAUAUAUAUAUAUGUUCUCGACACUUUUAGAUCUAAGGAUUGUGUAAUAGAAUUAGCUCGUAAGACACACGGUGAGAACUCAACUGCAUUAACGUAAGAGAGGGGUUAACCUGGUGUAAAAGCAUAUUUCUUGCGUAAAGAGUAUUUUAUUUUACUAAAUCAUUGCGUGUCAUUCGCGUUCCAAUUUCUACCAAUAAACUCAGAGAUCUUCCAAGAUAUUUAUUUUUUCGUUAUCCCAUAAAGUUUUUAACUCUACAAAUUGUCCUAAGCAUAAUGACGUUUUUAUUAUUCUUAAGAGGAUUAGGGACCCUUGUUAGGCGCGAUUUCCGAAAAUAAAAAAUUAUUUAAUUUUAAUGCAAUAUUUAUACUGCCACACAUUAGACGAAAUUAAUUCCAAGUUUCACAAUCACAAUUAUCUUAUUCUUAUAAAAAAUAAAUGACAAAAUUAUGAAAAAAUUCGAUUCCAAUUGUUCAUAAAUUUUGAAAAGACGGUGCCUUCUCUUAUUAGCCAGUCCUUUUGUUUUCUAAUUAUUAUACUGAACAAAAAAUUUGGAUAAUACCACCUGUGCAUUGGUUAAGAAAAACUUAUUGGUUUCCAAUAAAUUUUGUUUGUAUCAAAGAUUGUAAAGUUAAUUAAAUGAAUUUUGUGUUAUCUCAACUUCAUCGUAUACUUGCGAUAAAAAUCAUUUUAUUCGGUUCAUUUGAAUAUUUGUUAAUCAAGUAAAUAAUGUUCGAUUCAAGCUAUACAAAUAGUUGCUUUUAUUGGUUCAUAUGUGCAUUGGAGUGCACUUGACUAGUGGUCAUGCUUAACCCUUUGAGUUUCACUUACGUAUGUCCAUAUAUACGCAUUGUAAUUAAAAAAUAUUUAAACUCUUUCGAUUUUCAUGAAACUUGGAGUCUAAUGGUUUCUGAGGUUGCUAAAUGCGAAUCUAACUUUAGACUUUCAAUGUUCAAAAUGACGGGUGUAAAAUAGUGUAUCAAAAUUACAAAAGUGGAAAAUCUUUUCGGAUUUCUGUGAAACUUGGUAUCUUAACGUUUGUGUGGUCGUUAAAUAUGAAGUCUAAUAACAUAAUAAUUAUUUAUACCCUAACAUUAGCCAAUAAAUGCACAUUGUUCCUAAUAAUAACGCAAACUAUGACCCCGAAAAAUCAAACAAUUUUUGUAUUUUUCAUCCGACUCGUUGGACGCGUAGUUUUGAAUUUAUGAAAUCUCAAAUUUCGAAAUUUAUUUGAAUUCAGCGACCAUUUAAACUUUAAGACACUAAGUUUCAUUGAAAUCCAAUAAUCUUCAUUUUUCGUGAUCGUCCUGGUGAAAUUAUUGUAUUUUAGCGUGACACUCAAGGGAUUAAAUAAACUACGUAGCCUGUUUCUUAUUCGCAAGCACAAAAUUGUAUUCAAUCAAUUUUUUUUAUUUUCUACAUCUCUUUUCCCAGUCCACGUAUGACAAUUUUCUAAAAUGAUUUUAAAAGUUGAAAAAAAUUAUAUAUGACGUGUUUCAGCGGAUAUUUCGUGUUAAAUUUGAAUAAUUAAUUAUUUUCACAAAUCCAACCUUACGAAGGGUCCUUUUAAAACAUAAAAUAACUUUUUAAACGUUGUAUCUUGUUUUACAUAUGCUCAUAUUAUCGUACGUUAUUUUAAACAGAACACUGGCACCGUUCUAAUUCUAUUUUUCAUUUUUUUUUAAAUGAUGUACCUGGUUUGGAAUAUAUUAAAUAGAAUCUAAAUUAAUGAGUAGAGCACGGAUGAAUAUACAUAUAAUUGAUUACAUCACGUACAUUGAAUUUAAUCAUUUUUAUCCGUGCCCAAUGGUAUGCAGACUUCGUUGAUUGAAGUAUUAAAGUCAACUCCUCUUUGUACCUCAAUUAAAAUAAUACCGCAAUCGUGUAUGUGUAGUUAUAGAUAAAAGACCAACUGUACUUACUGUUGGUGAAAUUAUUUCUGUAGAGAGUAGUUUACGUGUCGAAGUGAUACAUUUAUAAUAAUUAACA